CAGUAAAUUAUCUGGUUAUAUCUGCGUACGCUCUUUACCUAAUUUUGGUUCUUGGAAUACUUUUUUCUCUAUUAAUAUUAAAAAAACUAUGAACGAUCAAGAAUUUACAAAACCAAGUCUAAAGAUUUCAGAUUGUACUAAACCAAGUUCUGAAUGGACUAUUUUAUUGCUCAUAUCAGAUCCAAACAAAUGGUCCAAAACAGAUGUCAAAACGGAGUUAAAAAAACAAAAAAUUGGUUAUAAAGAUAAAGAGAAUAAAUGUGAAUUAGUAGCUGCAUUGAGAAAAAAUAUUGGAGAAGAAAUACAAAAAGAAGUAAAAGGGUGGGCACUUCGAGAAUGUCAAGAAUAUGGUAAACGUGGUAGUGAAAAACACAUGACUAAACAAGUCAAACAAUUUCUUAAAACCUACUUUUUGUUAGGCGAUAUGGACAAAAAAAAUCGAUUUACUGCUUCUACAAUGCUUGAAGAAUUGCAAAAAAAAGUAGGAACAGGUGAGCUAGAAGCAGACGAAAUACCAAAAAUAAAGACAGUAGAAAAUUGA